AUGCGUAGAUCGAAAAGUGUUGGAGAUUUCGAACUAGAUCCAGAAAUUGAGCGCACUUUUCGAGUUAGAAGAAAAGAGGCUAGGCAAAGAAAGGAAAGAGCCAAGAUGACUGACGUUGAAGAUAAUCUUGACCAGUCAUCUAUUCAGGAUCAUGAAACUUCUAAUCCUGCGAACUGCAUGUAUAAAACUCCUGAGAUUGGUGCAGCUCAAUAUAACAUCAAUCCCAGUCUAAUUCAGAUGGUGAGCAAUUCUGCUUUUGAAGGAGAUAUUGAACGAGAGGAUCCACACCGACAUCUAGAGCGCUUCGUGCAAAUGUAUGGUUCAUUCAGAAUAAAUGGGGUUACUGCAGAUCAGAUUCGUCUCCACAUGUUCCCUUAUUCUAUAAAGGGAAAAGCUUUGGAAUGGUUUCAACAAUUGUCAGAUACUGCUCUAGCUACUUGGGAUAAUCUUUCUACCGAGUUCUUAUCCAAAUAUUAUCCUUCUGACAAGACUCAGCAAAUGAGAGCUAUUAUUCUUACUUUCAAAGCACAACCAGGUGAAGGCUUGUAUCAGGCAUGGGAGAGAUACAAGGCAUUGUUGAGAAAAUGUCCCCAUCAUGGUUACGAGGAGUGGAUGGUUCUGAGUACUUUCUAUGGAGCUUUGAAUUCUGAUAUCCGGCUAAGUUUGGAUGUUGCAGCUGGAGGAAAUUUUAAGAAAGCACCUGUUCAUAAAGCUAAGGCACUUCUCGAGGAAUUGGCCUUAAAUAACUAUGCUUGGGCACCCAGUGGUACAAGUUCAGUGAAAUCAGCACAAGACACCGAGAUGAUGAACUUACUCACUUUGAAAUUGGAUGCUCUUACUCAAGAGGUCCGUGGGCAAAAGGCAAGUGUCAAUGCUAUCUCUUCUCCGAUGGAAGGAUAUUUAGAUCCUAGUGUUAAUCAGCACCCUUAUACACAACAGUUUCCAGACGAAGCAUCUUUUAUCCAAGGAAGACAAUCAUGGCCUGUUCAGAACAAUUCCUAUUAUAAUCCAAAUCAGAGGCCCAACAACAAUCUUUCCUACAACAAUAGUCAUGCUGUUAAUCCAUCAUAUGCAGCUCCAAAGCAAAAUCCGCCUCCUGGUUUUCAACCACGUCAGCAGUAUCAAAGUCAACAACAGUUUCAACCUCUACCUAAUGACAAAAAAGAACCUGCUGAUUGGGAAGUUGCACUCGGCAAGAUGAUACAAGGAACUACUGGGGCUUUUGCUAAUAUUGAGACUAAAUUCGAGAAAGUUGAGUCAAGGAUUGAUCAGAUAGCUUCGUCACAGAAGAUGUUAGAAAUGCAGAUUGGCCAAAUUGCUAAUAAGGUUGGUGUUCUGAUGUGCUAG